GACCGUAAAAGAUCAAAAUAAAGAAACCUGUCUCAUCAUUUCUCUUCCUUGGGACUCUCUUUGAUUGGAAGUUGAAAUAACCCCCGAUGCAUCCGCUAAACGCGGUUAUGGCGGCCAGGAUGCUGUUCAACACGGCGUCCUCCGUCAGUGAAUCCGCCGGAGAAGGGAUUCCGUUCGGAUCUCCAUGGUGGUUCAUCUACGCAGGCAUUUCUUGCUUUUUAGUUCUUUUCGCGGGGAUCAUGUCGGGUCUCACUCUCGGACUGAUGUCGCUUGGUCUCGUCGAACUCGAAAUUCUACAACGGAGCGGGACUUCGAACGAGAAAAAACAAGCUGCUGCUAUUUUGCCAGUAGUUCAAAAACAACAUCAGCUUUUGGUGACUUUGCUUCUUUGCAAUGCUGCUUCGAUGGAGGCGCUUCCUAUAUACCUGGAUAAGCUUUUCAAUCAAUAUGUUGCUAUCAUACUUUCUGUGACUUUUGUUCUAUUUUUUGGCGAGGUUAUUCCACAAGCAAUAUGCACAAGAUAUGGACUCGCUGUAGGUGCAAAUCUUGCAGGCCUUGUGCGGGUUUUAAUGAUUAUUUGCUAUCCAAUAGCUUAUCCCAUUGGAAAGAUUCUGGAUUGGGUGCUGGGACAUAAUGAAGCACUAUUUAGGCGGGCUCAACUAAAAGCCCUUGUAUCCAUCCAUGGCCAGGAGGCUGGCAAAGGAGGUGAGCUCACGCAUGAUGAGACAACAAUUAUUAGUGGAGCACUAGAUUUGACUGAAAAGACUGCUGAAGAGGCUAUGACACCUAUAGAAUCAACUUUCUCUUUAGAUGUCAAUUCAAAGUUGGACUGGGAGGCAAUGGGUAAGAUCCUUGCUCGUGGUCAUAGCCGAGUCCCUGUCUACUCAGGGAAUCCCAAAAAUAUUAUUGGACUUCUGCUGGUGAAAAGUCUUCUCACUGUACGCCCUGAAACUGAGACACCAGUCAGUGCAGUUUCCAUCCGGAGAAUCCCAAGGGUUCCAGCUGACAUGCCUCUCUAUGAUAUUCUGAAUGAGUUUCAAAAGGGCAGCAGUCAUAUGGCAGCUGUUGUGAAGGCUAAAGGAAAAAAUAAGAACCUUCCUCCAACCCUUGAUGAACUAAAAUCUGAAGAAAACAAAGUCUCCAGUGCAGAUUCCCAACUGACUACUCCGCUGCUAUCCAAGCUCGAUGAGAAGCCAGAGAGCAUUGUUGUUGACAUUGAUAAGUCGUCACGAGCUACCAACACAAUAAGGCAAGAUGCUGCAACAAAUGUAUUGUCUGUCACAUCAGAGGAUAUUGAAGAUGGUGAAGUGAUUGGUAUUAUCACCCUAGAAGAUGUUUUUGAAGAACUUUUGCAGGAGGAGAUAGUGGAUGAAACCGAUGAAUAUGUUGAUGUUCAUAAAAGAAUCCGUGUUGCUGCAGCUGCAGCUGCUUCAUUAGUGGCACGUGCACCAUCAAGUAGGAGGCUAACUGGUCAGAAGGUAGCAGGGAGUCCAAAGCAAAGGUCAAGCCACAAAGAAACCUGCCUAGAGUGAGUGAUUCAGACUCUUGUACUAGCCUGCUCUGAACAAUAGACGAAACAAAUAUAUACCGGUGAUGAGGCCUGGCUAUGAGUGUCUUAAUGAGUUUUAUUCUUGUGCAUAAUGGAUUUUCUAUAUACGUUUGAAUUUUCUUCGGUUGAUUAUCUAUUUUUUUGUUUGUGUUCAAUCUAAAUUUUUGUUUGUGUCCA